AUGGCGAGAGGACACCACCACCACCACCACCAUCACCCACCGUCGCCCGCAGCGUCGGCGCUGCCCAAGGUCGAGUUCGAGAUCGCCAAGGACGACGUGAUGAAGCUCCCCGCGGGGGUGCACGAGGCGGCGCCCAGGGCGUAUGGAUUUUUUGGGAAGGAGCUAACAUACGCAUGCAUUGGGGCAGAUAACGACUUUUCCGAAUUUCGACGGCCGGACCACUAUAUCCGCCAUAUCGAGCCUCUCGAGAGCGACCUCGCGAAGCUCGUCGAGUAUGAUAUGGAUGAGCAAGACCAGGAAUGGCUCGAGGCUGUCAACGCGGACCGCAGGAAGGACCAGAUGGACAGGGUCUCGCUGGAGGUGUUUGAGAUUAUGAUGGACCGGUUGGAGAAGGAGUGGUUUGACUUGACGAAGAACAUACCGAAACAGGACUUUGCGAUGCCCUCGGAGGACUCGACAUGUGCGGUCUGCGACGACUCGGAGGGAGAGAACAGUAACGCCAUCGUAUUCUGCGACGGGUGUAACCUAGCAGUUCACCAAGAAUGCUACGGCGUGCCCUACAUCCCCGAAGGCCAGUGGCUCUGCCGCAAAUGCACCGUGUCGCCCGAGAACCCCGUCUCGUGCAUGCUCUGCCCGAACGAGGGCGGCGCGUUCAAGCAGACAACGCACGGCGACUGGGUGCACCUCCUCUGCGCGAUAUGGAUCCCGGAGACAAGGGUCGCGAACGAUGUGUUCAUGGAGCCGAUUACGGGCGCGGAUAGGAUCUCGAAGCAGAGGUGGAAGCUGGGUGCGGAACCGGCGUCGCUCAUGUGCUUCUGCGACCGUCAUCUUCCACAAGAACAACAAGACGCCCGCCAGGCCGCCCUAGAAGCCGAAGAGGAGCAAGAAGCCAACCUACCUCCCGCUGCACAGUCCAAGUCCGCCCGUGCAUACGCCAAGACCUACAAGCCCGGCCCGCCACUUGUGCCCGCCCUUAUCGUGGACAGGAUCAUGGAGUACACGUAUAGGAUCCGCCUGCGCAAGAAACUCGAGUUCGUACAGCAGAUGUGCCGGUACUGGAGCUUGAAAAGGGAGGCGAGGCGCGGGGCGCCGCUGUUGAAGCGGCUGCAUUUGGAGCCGUGGACGGCGAGCUCGGCGGCGAAAGUGUUGAGUCGGGAGGAGAGGCUGAUGAGGUUGGAUCAAUUACAACGGCUGCGACAGGACCUCGUCUGCGUACGAGAGAUGACGGAGCUGUGCAGGAAACGAGAGACGAGGAAGAUGAGGCAGGUCGAGAUCGUGUGUGAGAUCCUCACGGAGGCGUUCUUCCCGCAUGCUAUACCGUUGCGUAUUGCGUUCGACAAAAUCGUCGCCAUCGACAAGUCAGAUCACUUCAAAGCGCCGGUCUCGAAACAGGCAGUGCCAGAUUACUUCGAUGUCAUCAAGAAACCGAUGUGUUGGGACAUCAUCGACGCCAAGUUGGAACAGAACCGGUAUUGGGAUCUGCAGAACUUCUUGGACGACAUCAACUUGGUAUUGGACAACGCUCUGCGGUACAACAAAUCGGGCUCGCCCUUCCACAGGCUAGCGACGAGGAUACAGAAGGAGUCGAGGCCACUUUUGGCGGCCCUCGAAAAGUGGCGUGUUGCCCAUCCUCCUGUGCCAUCAUCCUCGAAAUCCACCCCUAAUGGAAAGCGCCACACGCCUGCAGGGCCUGAAGACGAGGAGGGCCUCGAUGCGGAGCAAGCAGAGACUGAAGAUGGAGAAACUGACCCACCACAACCGCUGGUGGGCGACCUCGAGCCCCCUAUGGCCGUUCUCGAGCUUCUCCUCUCCUCCGCAGGGAUUGCAGCCGACCUCAACAUCGAAAUUGACGCCACCCCCGCCCGACUCUCCGACCGUCAUGCCGUACCGUCUCCAGAGAAGAUGGAGCAGAAGGAGCAGGCGGCGAAGAAUAAGGCGAGUAGGACAAAGAAGCCGAAGAAGGAGCGAGACCGGAAGGCAGAGGCGAGAGCCAGGGCGGAAGCGGCUGCGGCUGCUGCAGAAGCUGCGAAAGCUCAGCAGGACAAAGGCGAAAAGGCUGUUGAGGCUGAUGACGAGGGUGAAGACGAGGAGCAGGAAGGCAGAGGCAACGAGAUGGAAAGGCCGAGAGAGGAUAGGAGUAGGGACAGAGGACGAGACCGCGAGCUGCAGGCUGCGUUGGAUGCCUCUGCUGGGUUCCGAGCUCCUCGGACUAGGAGUGCCUUGGCCGCAGCUGCCGCCUUCGAGGCGGAAGCGACUCGCGGGUCCUCUCCAGUCGCCAGCCCCUCCGUAAUCGCUCUUCCACGUCCAGCUCUGCCUCUUACCGUUCAGGAUGCUGUUGCUUCCUCGACAUCAACCUCAGCCAACUCAGAGCCGCCGGGCUCGAAACCGGUCAGCAAGUCGAAGAAACGGCCGUCCAUCGUCACGAUGGGCCAGCCGGGCUCGCCUCGGGUGGUCAGCGAUGUGGAUAACCGAGAUUCAUUCAGUUUGUUCAACGCCGGAUGGAUUCUGCCUCCGGACCAGAAGAGAGGAGGAAGGACGUCUGCUGCUGACAGCCAUCGGCUGCAGCACCAACAGGUGCUGUCUCCGCCCAGGAAGAAGCAGAAAAUUGACCAUCCUGCUUCGAGGUUGUCGGUUGUCAGUACGGCUGCAUCGGACAACCAGACGCUUAGAAGGACGCCUCCGUUCUCUUCUGAUCCGCCUGAGAUGAAGCACCAUCCAGAGGACACGAUGGAUGUGCCCAUGGACGUCGACGCACCAGAGGACUACCAUGGCGAAGCUUCUGCAGGAAGGCAAUACUCUUCGGAUGAGUUCGAGGUCGAUGAGGUCAAUGGCCCACACCAUGUUGUCACUCUGCCCAACGGGGACAUCAUCAUCGAAAAGCUGGAUACCCCUGCCAUUCGGAGGGAAAAGAGUAUGCGGAAGAAGGUCGAGAAACAGCAGAAGCAGGCUGUGCUUACUGCUGUUGUCGAUCCUGGCACUGGUGUUCCAGACGAGUUUCUUCUGGCCAGCAACGUCCCACAAAGCAAAGGCAAGGAAAGACAGCUCGAGCACGAGGAAGACUUGUCAGCUGCACUAUUACCAUCGGCCGACGACACAGAAGAAGACAAAAAUGCCGGGGCGGGCCACGACGGCGAUGAAUCAGAGUUGAGUGAAUUGAGUGACGAGACUGAGGACGAGGACGCUAUUGGAGACGAGGAAGUCAAGGAAGUCAAGGAAGAGAAGAAGAAACCACCGCCUAAGAAGAUCCCGGCACCGAGAGCCCCGAGACCUAAAAGAACGAAGAAACCACCAAGGGUGGAGCAGUUCGAGGAUGGUACGAUAGUCUGGGCAAAAUCGGAAUCCUUUCCUUGGUGGCCAGCGGUUGUCUAUGCCAACGAGAACGAUGCCGUCCCACAGAAUAUUCUUGAAGCCCAUAGAAUCAAACGUCAGAAACGCAAAAUUAAAUUGUUCAUCGUACAAUUCUACGACAAACAAAAGUCCUGGUUCGUUGUUCGCCAUUUUCUACUUGGUGUCGGAUUGAAGACUCCAGCAAGUCUACAUAGUCUUUAUCCUCUUUUCUCUGCUAAACCCUCGUCCCAUCUAGAACUGGACCAGCAGAUGCUCUCAUCUACAUCCACUUUGCAGAAAUGGAAAACCCCUGCGUCCAAGAAGGAAUGCCGUGAAGCACAAGCAUUCGCAGACAUGGAUCACGGCAGCCGUACCGAAGGAACCUUCAAGCUUGCAGACGACAGCGAUGACCACUGA